AUGGAUCCUCAUCCACCUCUACGAGCUGAAAUUAAGGAAACUCAACGAAGUGGUGGAGCUACACGUGAUCUCCUUUUGAAAACCCAGCUUGUUCCAGAAAUGUAUUGUUGGGCUCGCAACACGUACUUUGCUUCGUUUGAGGAUGAAUAUCUGCCAGAAGUACCGGAAAGAGGGAAAUCUAUGGUUUCAUAUUAUCAAUGGGUCCCAUUCUUCCUUGUUGUAGUAGCUUUCAUGUUCUACUCCCCUUGUUUAUUAUGGAGGAUACUCUACGAUAAGUCUGGUAUUCGACUAAAUGACAUAAUGAACUUCGCUAAUGACAAGUCCAAUGUUCAACCUGCUUCCCGCCGAGCGAACAUUAAUGGAUUGGCUAUGCAUCUGUCAUCAGUGUUCAAGCAUAGAUUCCGAUUCGGCUCUAGUCAUCCAUAUCAUCACAAGCUUUUUAAAUUUUUGAAUCUACGUUUUUACGAGGCAUAUCUCACUUUUCUCUACAUUGGGAUCAAACUGCUCUUCCUUAUUAAUGUUCUUGUACAGGUAAUACUCAUAUCACCUUCAUCAACAAUAAAUAAGAUGAUCCUCCUUAGCCGCUUUCUACAAACAAACUCACAAGGCUUCUACGGUUACGGUAUAUUGUGGGAUCUAGUUACCGGUCAUGGAUGGACAGAGUCGCCGAAUUUCCCCGUUGUCACCUAUUGUGACAUGGAGAUUAGGAUAUUAGGGAAUAUUCAGAGGCAUACGGUACAAUGUGUGCUUGUUAUUAAUAUUUUCACUGAAAAGAUCUUUUUAUUGUUAUGGCUUUGGUAUACAUUGUUGGCAAUAAUCUCAUUUGGAAGCAUUAUGUCCUGGAUUUUCUCUUCACUGCCAUUUGAGCAACGAAGAAGGUAUGGUUUACUUCUGGUACAUAUGUAUCCAUGUAUGACUAAAGGUAUGAUUAAAGAGAUGAGAAACCACAUAACGAUUAAACAAUUUUUGUUGAUCAUCCAUCUAGUAAAGUUACAAAGUAUCUGUUCAUUUCUGUUUCCGCGAAUUACUCAAAAUCCUCCUUUUACCGUUUCUAUCUCUAGAUUCAUUGCUCGACGAUUAGAACUAGCAGAUGUCACCUUUAAACAGCGAGAUUUCACACUUGAAUUAGACGAAUUCGUUCGCGAUUAUGUCAAAAUGGACGGAGUUUUUGUGCUGCGAAUGAUCACCAUUCAUUCUGGAGUUUUGAUGUGUACAGAAGUUGUGGAUACUAUGUGGGAUCAAUUCCUAGCUGAACAGGGAGAAGAUUUUAGGCCACAAAGUGAUCAGCGCGCUCUUGAGCGAACACCGUAA